CAGUUGUCUUGUACGUCUUGUUCCCAAACAGCAGCCAAGCCGUGGGAUCUGCGAGCAGACGAGGAACUUUGAAGUAUACCUGGCUACACAAAUCUCUAAACAACAGACCACAUUUUUGCUUUCACUUUCUCUGUGUGGACUGACACACAAAGCAGAGCACCGUUGGUCAUGGCUGCUGCGGCUCCGUCCUGUAAAGGCAGCCUGAGAGAGGACCUGACGUGCGCCAUCUGCUGCGACCUGUUCCGGGAGCCCGUCAUGUUGGCCUGUAUGCACCACUUCUGCAAACCCUGCAUCUCCAGGUACUGGAGGGGGGCUCAGGGGCCUGUGACCUGCCCACAGUGCCGCAAGGAGUUCAGCUCCAAGCAGUUUCAAACUAACUACCUGGUGGCGGCCAUGGUGGAGAAGGUCCGGGUCACCACCUCGGACACUUACAUCAAAAACCUCGAGAAACAAGUGAAAGAGAUGUUGGAGAGCCAGCGCCUGAGGAAGGAGGACUUCAUCAACAGUAUUCGCAGAGACAAAGACAAAAUGGACACCAUAAAGAGAGUGGGAGCAGAUCUGCAGGCUCGGGUCAAAGGGGAGUUUGCAGCUCUCCAUCAGAUCCUGCAGGAUGAGGAGGUCUGCAUGCUGGAGCAGCUCAGGAGGGAGCAGGGGGAGGAGGUGGAGAGAGUGCAGCGCCACAUGGAGGCCAUGGAGCUGGCAGUAAGACAGCUGGAGGAGAAUAUGAGAGUGCUGCAUCAGGCGAGCGCUGACACUGAGAACAUCGUCCUGACUCAGCUCCCACAGAUAAAGCCAUGUGUGCAGGUGAAUAACGCCCUGGAGUUUGAAAUAAACGCUUUCAGCAACAAAUACAUGGCCCCAUUACAGUACAUCACAUGGAGAAAGAUGUUCAAGUCUCUGAAGCCAGGUCCUUCCCCAUUAACGUUUGAUGUCGACACAGCGCACCCGAGCAUUCAGGUCUCCAGGGACAAAACGGCGGUUAUUGAAUGUGACAUCAUGAUCCCACACAACGACCACAACAAGCGCUUCCUGCAGUGCGUCAACAUCCUGGCUGCACAGGGCUUCCAGUCAGGCCGACACUACUGGGAGGUAGAAGUGGGCUCCAAGCCCAAGUGGGACCUGGGCGUGGCCUCGGAGGCCGUCGACAGGCACACUCGCAUCAAGCUGAGCCCCGAGAGCGGCUACUGGACGCUGCGGCUGCGUAAUGCCGGCGAAUACUCGGCCGGCACGCAGCCCUGGACCAGGCUGCAGCUCGUCUCCGCCCCUCAGAGGCUCGGGGUCUACUUAGACUGCGAGGAGAGGAGGGUCUCCUUCUACAACGCCGAUGAUAUGAGCCUGCUGUACUCGUUCACCAACGGGCCGAGGGGCAAGGCGUUCCCCUUCUUCAGUCCGUGCAUCAGUGACGGCCGACAGAAACCUCCGCCUAUCAAACUCCUCCACUACCCUCCUGUCGCUCUGUCUGGCUAGCAUGGGGGCAAUCGAUACAAAGCUUUUCAGUAUGCACAGCCUUCUAUUCACUUAUUGACCAAUAACUGUUAGCACUGCCUUUUUAGCAUUAUGGGUCUGUAUCAGCCAUUUCAGAUUGCUCUAUUGAUCAGAUAUAUCUACUUUCUACCUGCAAUAAGCCUUUAAAGCCUUGAUAUGUUAUGAACAAUGCUAUAUUCCUUCAUUGUAAUUGAAAUUGUUCUGAAGAAGCUAAUUCUAUGUGCUGUAGCCAUCAACAGAAACAUUAAACUAACACUUUAUUCAACAAUUUUGAAUAGUGAAGCCGGAUGCAUGCGGUUCUUCACUUCUCAUCCAAAUCUCUUAAAAAAGAUGAAGACCGUUCACCUUUCAAUGAUACUCCUUAUAUUUAUUUUUCAUUAAGUCAGACUGUCCUCAGUCGCUUGUAAAAGGUUAUUGUUUUAAUCACCAUUGAGUUUUAUCAGCAUAAAAGAUGUGUGCACUUUAGUUUGAGAUGUUACUGAUUAAAUGGUUCAUGUUUGGACUUCAGUCUGAAAUGAGAAACAGAUGUUCUUUCUGAUGAAGUUUAACAUCCAAAUGUAACUUCAUAGCACCUUCACGAGUUCUGUAUAUGACUUCUAGCAGCUGUUGAUUUGUCAUUAUCUAUACAAUCAUGUAUAUACAUUAUACGUGCCUAAAUGUAAGUGUAAUAUAAUGCACUCUUGUUUUUUUAUAGAGUAAGGAGAUAUAGUUCUUCACAGGAUUCAGUGUAUGCAGUAUAUUUACAUUGUUGCCAUUGCAUGUCAGUUGCAUAUGACCCAAAUGAUCACUGUAAAACUGCCGAUUCAAACAAUAAACCAAAUCACUCUUUUCACAAAA